UUUCUCGUGUUUGCCGGCCAACGUCGGGUAAAUACCAUUACUUCUCGUCGUUUACCGACGCCGGUGACAGCAUCACCAUCGAAAACCCUAAGAAUCGCAUUCUCUAAGUGUAAUCAUUGCUUCAAUCUGAUCAUUUCGCUCCUGUUUUCCUGUUAGAUAGGGGUUUUAUUGUUGGAUCUGUCGGUUUGAAUCUAGUCCUCCUGGUCAAUGCAAACAGAAAAUCCAAGUUGGGUAAAGCAUAUAUGGUGAAUUGCAAAGGGUGUAUUGGAAUGUGGGAGAAUGUGUAGAACCCCCAAAUUGCUCUCCAAAGAGUCUUUAAGAGAGAAGGGAGGUUCCAACAUAUACAAGAGAAGUGGUCCAAGUCUAGCCGGUCUGCACAAUGAUGUCUGAAACUGCUCUUGGAGAUCUUGAUUUGGUGCCUAAAUCCGAGAGGACAAAUGAGAGCUCGAGUAAAGACGACUUAGCUAAGCCAUACGUUGAACAUACCGAUGUAAAGGUUGGAGGAAAUCAAAGAAAAACGAUAAUUUCUUUGGAUGAACCAACUAUGAACGGAAACGAGGUUGAACUUGUUGGUGCAGACAUGGUGGCUGCAGAAGUUGAAUACAUUGAAUCUGAGAAAUUGGAUGAUCUAGAAGAUGUUGAUAAGAGUCUUAAGAUGCUUCUAGCUGACCUGGAGUCUAAAGACUGGGUUUUGCUGUGCGAGACACUCAACAAUGUACGGCGUUUCUCGAUUUACCACAAAGAAGCAUUGCAAGAUAUAUUGGAAAAUGUGAUUUCCCUUCUUGUGAAAUCUUUGAAGAAUCCAAGAAGUGCGGUUUGUAAAACCACCAUCAUGACUUGUGCAGACAUUUUCAAAGCAUUUGGGGACGACAUAAUCAAUUCGUUGGAUCCUCUGCUUGUUCAACUUCUUCUCAAGUCCUCUCAAGACAAGCGAUUUGUAUGCGAGGUUGCAGAAAAAGCUUUAAUAACUUUGACAAUUUGGGUCUCUCCCAUUUUGUUGCUACCAAAGUUACAACCUUAUUUUAAGAACCGCAAUCCUCGUAUCCGUGCGAAGGCUUCUAUGUGCUUUUCUCGUAGUGUGCCACGAUUGGGUGCCGAGGGAAUCAAAGAAUACGGGAUUGACAAACUGAUUCAAAUAGCUUCAUCGCAGCUGAGUGACCAGCUCCCCGAGUCACGAGAGGCGGCUCGUACCCUUCUCUUGGAGCUACAGACUGCAUAUGAAAAAUUUCCCGUUUUGGCGCCGGAACAAGAUGUAUCUUCCGAGCAACCUCAGGUACUUUCUUGGGAACAAUUCUGUGAAUCUAACCUUCCGAAGUUAAGUGCCCAAGCUGUUCUUCGUGUCACUAGCAUUCCACGAGAAGGUCUCAUUUCAGGGAAGCGUUGAGUGGAAGAAUGGGUGGCGUCAUUAUCAGUAUCAGUAUCAGUAUCAGUAUCAGUAGUAUAUGGUGAAGAUGUGUAGAGAAAGCAGGUUCCCUUAGUCUUGUUGUGACCAAAUGAGUCAUAGAAACAGAGUUUUGAUAGAUCUUAUUUUGGUGUUUGAUUGGCUUGAAACUGCUGUUAUA